CUGCCCGUUCUGCCUGCGCCAGGAGCGUGCGAGUGCGCGCGGCUGCGCCCUCGCACAGAUCCCAGCCGGGUCACCCGCACUGAGUCAACGGACUGAGCGCGUCCAGGCCUGACAGCUCUGCGGCUGGGGCCCUGAGAGUCCACGGAUUGCUGCUCCAUGCAUUCUGUCCAGUUUCCUAGGAGAGACAGCUUGGAAUAUGCUUAAUCCAUCUUAGCUGGGACUGAAACAUCUGCUUGUUUUGCCAUUAAAAAUUACAUGCAGUUUACUGUGUGGCUGCAGGUUUGUUUGUUUGUUUUUCCUCCUUAAUAGGUUUAUUCAGAAAACAUGCCCACUGCAAUUAGAGAGGUGGGAGUUUGGAGACAGACCAGAACACUUCUACUAAAGAAUUACUUAAUUAAAUGCAGAACCAAAAAGAGUAGUGUUCAGGAAAUUCUUUUUCCACUAUUUUUUUUAUUUUGGUUAAUAUUAAUUAGCAUGAUGCAUCCAAAUAAGAAAUAUGAAGAAGUGCCUAAUAUAGAACUUAAUCCUAUGGACAAAUUUACUCUUUCUAAUCUAAUUCUUGGAUAUACUCCAGUGACUAAUAUUACAAGCAGCAUCAUGCAGAAAGUGUCUACUGAUCAUCUACCUGAUGUAAUAAUUACUGAAGAAUAUACAAAUGAAAAAGAAAUGUUAACAUCCAGUCUUUCUAAGCCGAGCAACUUUGUAGGUGUGGUUUUCAAAGACUCCAUGUCCUAUGAACUUCGUUUUUUUCCUGAUAUGAUUCCAGUAUCUUCUAUUUAUAUGGAUUCAAGAGCUGGCUGUUCAAAAUCAUGUGAGGCUGCUCAGUACUGGUCCUCAGGUUUCACAGUUUUACAAGCAUCCAUAGAUGCUGCCAUUAUACAGUUGAAGACCAAUGUUUCUCUUUGGAAGGAGCUGGAGUCAACUAAAGCUGUUAUUAUGGGAGAAACUGCUGUUGUAGAAAUAGAUACCUUUCCCCGAGGAGUAAUUUUAAUAUACCUAGUUAUAGCAUUUUCACCUUUUGGAUACUUUUUGGCAAUUCAUAUCGUAGCAGAAAAAGAAAAAAAAAUAAAAGAAUUUUUAAAGAUAAUGGGACUUCAUGAUACUGCCUUUUGGCUUUCCUGGGUUCUUCUAUAUACAAGUUUAAUUUUUCUUAUGUCCCUUCUUAUGGCAGUCAUUGCAACAGCUUCUUUAUUAUUUCCUCAAAGUAGCAGCAUUGUGAUAUUUCUGCUUUUUUUCCUUUAUGGAUUAUCAUCUGUAUUUUUUGCUUUAAUGCUGACACCUCUUUUUAAAAAAUCAAAACAUGUGGGAAUAGUUGAAUUUUUUGUUACUGUGGCUUUUGGAUUUAUUGGCCUUAUGAUAAUCCUCAUAGAAAGUUUUCCCAAAUCAUUAGUGUGGCUUUUCAGUCCUUUCUGUCACUGUACUUUUGUGAUUGGUAUUGCACAGGUCAUGCAUUUAGAAGAUUUUAAUGAAGGUGCUUUAUUUUCAAAUUUGACUGCAGGCCCAUAUCCUCUAAUUAUUACAAUUAUCAUGCUCACACUUAAUAGUAUAUUCUAUGUCCUCUUGGCUGUCUAUCUCGAUCAAGUCAUUCCAGGGGAAUUUGGCUUACGGAGAUCAUUUUUAUAUUUUCUGAAGCCUUCAUAUUGGUCAAAGAGCAAAAGAAAUUAUGAGGAGUUAUCAGAGGGCAAUGUUAAUGGAAAUAUUAGUUUUAGUGAAAUUAUUGAGCCUGUUUCUUCAGAAUUUGUAGGAAAAGAAGCCAUAAGAAUUAGUGGUAUUCAGAAGACAUACAGAAAGAAGGGUGAAAAUGUGGAGGCUUUGAGGAAUUUGUCGUUUGACAUAUAUGAGGGUCAGAUUACUGCCUUACUUGGCCACAGUGGAACAGGAAAGAGUACAUUGAUGAAUAUUCUCUGUGGACUCUGCCCGCCUUCUGAUGGGUUUGCAUCUAUAUAUGGACACAGAGUCUCAGAAAUAGAUGAAAUGUUUGAAGCAAGAAAAAUGAUUGGCAUUUGUCCACAGUUAGAUAUACACUUUGAUGUUUUGACAGUAGAAGAAAAUUUAUCAAUUUUGGCUUCAAUCAAAGGGAUACCAGCCAACAAUAUAAUACAAGAAGUGCAGAAGGUUUUACUAGAUUUAGACAUGCAGACUAUCAAAGAUAACCAAGCUAAAAAAUUAAGUGGUGGUCAAAAAAGAAAGCUGUCAUUAGGAAUUGCUGUUCUUGGGAACCCAAAGAUACUGCUGCUAGAUGAACCGACAGCUGGAAUGGACCCCUGUUCUCGACAUAUUGUAUGGAAUCUUUUAAAAUACAGAAAAGCCAAUCGGGUGACAGUGUUCAGUACUCAUUUCAUGGAUGAAGCUGACAUUCUUGCAGAUAGGAAAGCUGUGAUAUCACAAGGAAUGCUGAAAUGUGUUGGUUCUUCAAUGUUCCUCAAAAGUAAAUGGGGGAUUGGCUACCGCCUGAGCAUGUACAUAGACAACUAUUGUGCCACAGAAUCUCUUUCUUCACUGGUUAAACAACAUAUACCUGGAGCUACUUUGUUACAACAGAAUGACCAACAACUUGUGUAUAGCUUGCCUUUCAAGGACAUGGACAAAUUUUCAGGUUUGUUUUCUGCCCUAGACAGUCAUUCAAAUUUGGGUGUCAUUUCUUAUGGUGUUUCCAUGACGACUUUGGAAGACGUAUUUUUAAAGCUAGAAGUUGAAGCAGAAAUUGACCAAGCAGAUUAUAGUGUAUUUACUCAGCAGCCACUGGAGGAAGAAAUGGAUUCAAAAUCUUUUGAUGAAAUGGAACAGAGCUUACUUAUUCUUUCUGAAACCAAGGCUUCUCUAGUGAGCACCAUGAGCCUUUGGAAACAACAAGUGUAUACAAUAGCAAAGUUUCAUUUCUUUACCUUGAAACGUGAAAGUAAAUCAGUGAGAUCAGUGUUGCUUCUGCUUUUAAUUUUUUUCACAGUUCAGAUUUUUAUGUUUUUGGUGCAUCACUCUUUUAAAAAUGCUGUGGUUCCCAUCAAACUUGUUCCAGACUUAUAUUUUCUAAAACCUGGAGACAAACCUCAUAAAUACAAAACAAGUCUGCUGCUUCAAAAUUCUACUGACUCAGAUAUCAGUGAUCUUAUUAGCUUUUUCACAAGCCAGAACAUAAUGGUGACAAUGAUUAAUGACAGUGACUAUGUAUCUGUGGCUCCCCAUAGUGCGGCUUUAAAUGUGAUGCAUUCAGAAAAGGACUAUGUUUUUGCAGCUGUUUUCAACAGUACUAUGGUUUAUUCUUUACCUAUAUUAGUGAAUAUCAUUAGUAACUACUAUCUUUAUCAUUUAAAUGUGACUGAAACCAUCCAGAUCUGGAGUACCCCAUUCUUUCAAGAAAUUACCGACAUAGUUUUUAAAAUUGAGCUGUAUUUUCAAGCAGCUUUGCUUGGAAUCAUUGUUACUGCAAUGCCACCUUACUUUGCCAUGGAAAAUGCAGAGAAUCAUAAGAUCAAAGCUUAUACUCAACUUAAACUUUCAGGUCUUUUGCCAUCUGCAUAUUGGAUUGGACAAGCUGUUGUUGAUAUCCCCUUAUUUUUUAUCAUUCUUAUUUUGAUGCUAGGAAGCUUAUUGGCGUUUCAUUAUGGAUUAUAUUUUUAUACUGUAAAGUUCCUUGCUGUGGUUUUUUGCCUUAUUGGUUAUGUUCCAUCAGUUAUUCUGUUCACUUAUAUUGCUUCUUUCACCUUUAAGAAAAUUUUAAAUACCAAAGAAUUUUGGUCAUUUAUCUAUUCUGUGACAGCGUUGGCUUGUAUCGCAAUCACUGAAAUAACUUUCUUUAUGGGACACACAAUUGCAACUAUUCUUCAUUAUGCCUUUUGUAUCAUCAUUCCAAUCUAUCCACUUCUAGGUUGCCUGAUUUCUUUCAUAAAGAUUUCUUGGAAGAAUGUACGAAAAAAUGCGGACACCUAUAAUCCAUGGGAUAGGCUUUCAGUAGCUGUUAUAUCGCCUUACCUGCAGUGUAUACUGUGGAUUUUCCUCUUACAAUACUAUGAGAAAAAAUAUGGAGGCAGAUCAAUAAGAAAAGAUCCCUUUUUCAGAAACCUUUCAACAAAGUCCAAAAAUAGGAAGCUUCCAGAACCACCAAACAAUGAGGAUGAAGAUGAAGAUGUCAAAGCUGAAAGACUAACGGUCAAAGAGCUGAUGAGUUGCCAGUGUUGUGAGGAGAAACCAUCCAUUAUGGUCAGCAAUUUGCAUAAAGAAUAUGAUGACAAGAAAGAUUUUCUUCUUUCAAGAAAAGUAAAGAAAGUGGCAACUAAAUACAUCUCUUUCUGUGUGAAAAAAGGAGAGAUCUUAGGACUGUUGGGUCCAAAUGGUGCUGGCAAAAGCACAAUUAUUAAUAUUCUGGUUGGUGAUAUUGAACCAACUUCAGGCCAGGUAUUUUUAGGAGAUUAUUCUUCAGAGACAAGUGAAGAUGAUGAUUCACUGAAGUGUAUGGGUUACUGUCCUCAGAUAAACCCUUUGUGGCCAGAUACUACAUUGCAGGAACAUUUUGAAAUUUAUGGAGCUGUCAAAGGAAUGAGUGCAAGUGACAUGAAAGAAGUCAUAAGUCGAAUAACAAAUGCACUUGAUUUAAAAGAACAUCUUCAGAAAACUGUAAAAAAACUACCUGCAGGAAUCAAACGAAAGUUGUGUUUUGCUCUAAGUAUGCUAGGGAAUCCUCAGAUUACUUUGCUAGAUGAACCAUCUACAGGUAUGGAUCCCAAAGCCAAACAGCACAUGUGGCGAGCAAUUCGAACUGCAUUUAAAAACAAAAAGCGGGCUGCUAUUCUGACCACUCACUAUAUGGAGGAGGCAGAGGCUGUCUGUGAUCGAGUAGCUAUCAUGGUGUCUGGGCAGUUAAGAUGUAUCGGAACAGUACAACAUCUAAAGAGUAAAUUUGGAAAAGGCUACUUUUUGGAAAUUAAAUUGAAGGACUGGAUAGAAAACCUAGAAGUAGACCGCCUUCAAAGAGAAAUUCAGUAUGUUUUCCCAAAUGCAAGCCGUCAGGAAAGUUUUUCUUCUAUUUUGGCUUAUAAAGUUCCUAAAGAAGAUGUUCAGUCCCUUUCACAAUCUUUUUUUAAGCUGGAAGAAGCUAAACAUGCUUUUGCCAUUGAAGAAUAUAGUUUUUCUCAAGCAACACUGGAACAGGUUUUUGUAGAACUCACUAAAGAACAAGAGGAGGAAGAUAAUAGUUGUGGAACUUUAAACAGCACACUUUGGUGGGAACGGACACAAGAAGAUAGAGUAGUAUUUUGAAUUUGUAUUGUUCAGUCUGCUUACUUGGACUUACUUCUUUUUCACUUAAUUUUAACUUUGGUUUAAAAAGUUUUUUAUUGGAAUGGUAACUAGAGAACCAUGAACGCACUUGAAAUUUUUCUAAGCUCCUUAAUUGAAAUGCUGUGGUUGUGUGUUUUGCUUUUCUUUAAAUAAAACUUAUGUAUAAUUAAGUGAAGCUGCAUGUUUGUAUUGAAGUAUAUUGAACUAUAUAGUUUGUAUGUCAUCUUUUUCACCAUUCAAAAACAGUGCUUCUGAAUUUAUGAUUUAAAGGAAUAGUGAUAGAAUAGUUUUAUUUUGAAGUUAUCUUUAAGUUUAUGCCAUCUUCUUAAAUAAGUAUGUAAUAUUCCAAUCUAAAUAAAAAACUAAUUCAUAACUAAUGCAUAGAAAAGAUAUGUAAAGCAAUGUGAAAGUUUCUUGCUUCUCCUUUUUAAUUUCUAAAAAAGCCACUUUGAAUGGAAGUUGUCAUCCGUAAAAGCUGAAGUUUGUAAACACUAGAUCUCAAUAUAGAGAUUUGAGGAAAGUUAUAUCCACUAGGUGGCAGUCAUUGAUCAUAAUAAGUGAAAUGAGCCCUUGUUCUAGUACAUGAUUUUAGGCAUAGGUAAUUAGGUAUGUGAAAUUACAUUUCUUUUAUUUAAAGUAAAAUUCAGAAGGUUUUAGUUGUUAUAAUUAAAGGAAGACUGUGUUUAGAAUCUUAUGUAAUAGUCUGAUUUUUUGACUCUGUGGCUAGAAUGACAGUUAUCUAUGAAGGUGGAAGAAUUAAGCCAUACCUUUUCCCUCAUCAUUCUUGGAACAUACAAAUUUUUUGUCAUCUUCCUUGCAAAGGGUACAUUUAAUUUUGUUCUUGAAUAAAAUAUUUUAUUGGGUA